CGGACAGCUCGCCUUGCCAAUGUCCCUCCGAAACUCUCUUUCCUCACACAAACUCCUCGCCUUCCCAAGCUCCUAUGCCUGCUCCAAAAUCCAAGGCUUGUCGCAGGCGCUGGGUGGAGGGGGGGGAAAGCUCGCCUUGCCUUACCGGCGGGCUCCGGGCGCAGGAGAGAGGGAAGGAUUGCGGAGCCAGCGGAGACUGCUUACCCAGGGCAGCCCGGCCGAGGCUGGUUUUACUUCCCGCUCUCCCUUCUUUUGGACCUCUUCCCCGCCGGGCUUUGGGGAGACGCCUCCUCUUCCUCUUCUCUUUCUCCCCGCGCGCCUUUCUUGCCCAGAUGCCCACCGCCGCCGCCGCCACCUCCUCCUCCUCCUCCCCCCGCAGCAGUGGGUGACUUCUGCGUGGGAAAGGAGGAGAAGGAGAAAGAGAGAGCGCGCGCGCGCGCGCCCAGUGAGCGAGCGAGCGGCUUUCCUCCGCCUCGCGCCCGGCUCUCCUUUUGGCUCCGGCUCCUCCUCGCCUAUGGAGCGGACGCUGUGAGCUCCUCCGCGGCCGGAGUGCUCAGCAAACAGCAGCGGCGGCGGCGGCGGCGGCGGCAGCCUAGCCGCUGAAGCGCCAGCCGUCCUCCUCCUCCUCCUCUCCGCCCGGCGCUCAGCCCAGGCCCCCGCUUCCGUUCCUUUUGCCCGCCCGCUGACAGUCGGCCGGCCAGCUAUGUCCUACCCUCAGGGCUACCUCUACCAGCCCCCGGGCUCGCUGGCGCUCUACUCCUGCCCGGCUUACGGGGCGUCGGCGCUGGCGGCGCCCAGGAGCGAAGAGCUGGCCAGAUCGUCUUCGGGCUCGGCGUUCAGCCCUUAUCCCGGAUCCGCGGCGUUCACGGCCCAAGCGGCAGCCACCGGCUUCAGCAGCCCGCUUCAGUACUCCACCGACCCGGCUACGGGAUUCCCCUCUUACAUGGGUUCUCCUUACGACGCCCACACGACGGGCAUGAGCGGGGCCAUCAGUUACCAUCCCUACGGCAGCCCAGCCUACCCCUAUCAGCUAAAUGACCCGGCUUACCGGAAGAACGCCACGCGAGACGCCACGGCCACGCUGAAGGCCUGGCUGCAGGAGCACCGCAAGAACCCCUACCCGACUAAAGGCGAGAAGAUCAUGCUGGCCAUCAUCACGAAGAUGACCCUCACGCAGGUCUCCACCUGGUUCGCCAACGCCCGCCGGAGGCUCAAGAAGGAGAACAAGAUGACUUGGGCGCCCCGCAACAAGAGCGAGGACGAGGACGAGGACCUGGAAGGGGAGAGCGGCGGGAUCCGGAGCAAGGAGGAGACCGGCUCGGACAAAGGGCGGGACAGCAACGAAACGUCGGCGGAGGAUGAAGGGAUCAGCUUGCAGGUGGAUUCCCUCACCGACCAUUCCUGCUCGGCCGAAUCGGAUGGGGAGAAGGGCCCGUGCAGGGCAGGGGACCCACUCUGCGAGUCCGGCUCGGAGUAUAAGGACAAGUACGAGGAGAUCGAGGAAGACGACGACGAAGAGGACGAGGAUGAGGACGAGGAAAACGACGAGGCGGGCAGAGGCCUCCCCCCCAAGCCCGUCACUUCGUCUCCUCUCACUGGGGUAGAAGCCCCGCUCCUGGGCCACCCGCACGGGCAGGAUUCUGCCCGAAACGCCGCCAAAGCUGUUCUGGACGCCCGGAUCUCCCCCUCGGUGGCUUCCCAGACCACGCAAGCCAGCAAGCCCAAGCUCUGGUCGCUGGCAGAAAUCGCCACCUCGGACCUUAAACAUCCGCACUCGCAUCCCCACAGCCACAGCCUGGGCCAGAGCUGCCCGCCUUCGGGCCCCCCGCCUUCCGCCCCACACAACGCUGCCUACUCGCCUUCUUCGCUCUUGGGGAGGCAUAUUUAUUAUACGUCGCCUUUUUAUAGCAAUUACACAAACUACGGGAACUUCAACGCCCUCCAGGGACAGGGCAUCUUGAGGUACAACUCGACCGCCGUGGCCUCCAACGAGGGACUCAACCAAGCGGUCUUAACUGGCGGCGGCGGCGGCGGCGGCAGUGCGGCUCUGAAGGCGGGCUCGGAAACCUCGCUGAAAACCAUCACAAGCCACCUCGAACAGCAUUACAAGCCUCCCAGUUCCGAUCCCAAGAAAGACCCCACUGAAAUGUGCACAGUAGGAGUACAACCAUACCUAUAGAAGGGCAAUCACACAGCAGCCAGGCAAUAGACAAAGACCAGAAGACAGCCAUGGUGAUAGAUCUCUUGGUGCCAAGUGACAGCAACAUCAAGAAAAAGGAGUAUGAGAAACUGGAGAAGUAUCACGGCCUGAAGGAGGAAAUAGAGAAGCUGUGGAAAAUAAAGGCCAGAAUGGUUCCAGUAGUGGUAGGAACACUCGGGACUGUGACUCCUAAGCUGAAAUAGUGAUUCCAACAGAUCCUAGGAACAGCAUCAGAGCUCUCUGCCCAGAAGAGGAUCUGAGAUUGAGGAAGAUUGAAGACCAACCAUAAAGUUGAGAAGGGAAUGUUUUUAUAUAUGCAAUUUCUGUUAUGGCCAUUGUAAAUGUCAAAGGGGAAAAUAAAUGUGCCAGUUUUA